GCGGAAGAAGAAGGCGACGGUUUGAAAGAUGGCGGCGGACAGACAGAAGACCAACAACAAACCAGGAAAACCUGGAGGAAAAGAGGCUCAGCCUCUGAUAAUCGCCAAGACACCGGCGGAGGAGCAGCGUCUGAAGCUGGAGAGGUUGAUGCGGAACCCGGAUAAGCUGGCUCCCAUCCCGGACAGGCCGAAGGAGUGGAACCCGCGGGCUCCGCCGGAGUUCGUGCGGGACGUGAUGGGCUCCAGCGCGGGAGCAGGCAGCGGGGAGUUCCACGUUUACCGGCACCUACGCCGGAGGGAGUACCAGAGACAGGACUUUCUGGACAAGAUGGCAGAAAAGCAGGACAAUGACCAGGACUAUCUGGAUAAAGUGGAGCAGAACAAACAGGCGGCGGAGGACAGGACGGCGAAGCGCAGGAAGAAGCGGGACAAGCUGAAGCAGAAGAAGAUGCAGGCGAAGAAAGCUAAACUGGAGGCUAAAAACAAGAAGGACGACGACGGAGACAAGAGCUCAGAGAGCAGCGAGGAGGAGGAGAAGGAGGAGGAAGACGAGAGAGAGGCUGAUGAUGAUGCCGAGGCUCCCAGCUUCAUCAUGGGGAGGAAAUAAUAAUGUCCGUUUGUCUUCAGCCUUGUGACGCUGCCCCUGGCCAAGCCUGUUGCUUGUGGGUACAACAAGGGUGCAGAGAGCAACUCAAAGAAUGAAAAGGCGUGACUUCUGGAGGCUCAGGAGAUUCACGUGCGAUGUUCCUUGCACAGACUCCUGCUUUCCACGGUGGUGGCGGUCUCGUUUAUAGCCGUCACCUUUCUUGAGGCAGGUAGAGUAAAGUCUGGCAGCCAGAUAUUGUUUGAAACAGGUGAAGCUCUUCCUGUCAGACACUGUUGGCUGUCACAAGAAUAUCUCAGAUUUCAUGUUUCGCCCACCGACUGGUGCUUCAGCGACCUUGGAAAAAUAUUAGGAGUUGUUUGCUUUAUUCAACCACUGUUUAUCGUACCUUUCUGAUGUGUUGAAAUACAUUCAGCUGAUGCUGUAAUUAUAUAUCAGUGAAACCAAUAAAACUGCUAAUUUCUUACAACUGGCUUUACACAAAUUUCACUAAGUCAUAUUAAGAUCCAAAUUGAGAGCUUAGACCUCUGUGGGUAUUAUUAAAUGCUAAAAAAAAUACUUUGUGCAUUUUUAAAAUGUAUCUUUUAUUAUUUUGUUAUGACCCUGUGCGGGUCAUUUGUGUUUUUUGCUGCUUGUCUGUCCCCAGUGUGAGUGUGUGUGUGCAUGAGUGUGGUGGAACGAGUGAAUUGGGAGCAGGUGGUGGCCCCGGGUUGGCUGGAUCACCUGCUGCUGCGCUGAUUCCCACCCACACCAUUGGUCGGAGGGCGGGCCAACCCGGUAUUUGAGCAGCCCGCCAGCUGUGGUCCUGGCUCCUCACCUCCAGCCUCACCCACCUCGAAGAAGCCAGCAGACCCGUGCCACUGCACCUCAAGAGACGCAGCAGUUGUAUGCUUACAGAAUUGUUUGAGAACAGAUCCCUAUAGGGACCCUUCGUAAAAUCUUAGUUGGAGAGCAGAGUAGGAGGGAGAGGCCCUUUUAUUUUGUACCUUUUUCUCCUGUUUUUUUGUUAUUAGAUAGGUAAGGUUGUUGUCUUUUAUUUGCUUUUUCUUUUCAUAGUCAGGGUUCUUAUAGAAUACGUUUUGUUUGUUGUUUUGGCCUGUUUCCCCUCCUUGAUUGACAACAAUAAAGAAACUGCUCAUCUUUUGUUACCUGACUUCGUGUUGUGGCUGGCCUUCUUCGAGGUGGAGGGACUAGUGUGGAGCAAUAUCCAUGCUAUGCCCCAGGUUCCCCUAGGCCGGGGCAUAACAAUUUGUUUAAAGUAACCCAAUUACACACAAUGAACUUUCUAAUAAAAUUUUGGUUGCAGAUGAUAAAAAGA